AUGCCUAAGGUCAAGCGAUUCCGAAAUCUACAAAAAUCAUCACCUCAACCUGAAUCUUUGGGUACUUUACCAUCAACAAAUGCUGCAACAGUGACUUCUCCAGUGAUUGAAGACCAAUCACCAUCAACAAAUCCUACAGUAGUGGCUUCUCCAGUGAUUGAAGACCAAUCACCAUCAACAAAUCCUACAAUGUCUGAAUCCAUUGAAGUACAACCACAUGUUUUAAUAAGUCCUUCACCAACAAAUGAGACCUCAUCACAUGAUUCAUUGAACUCAACACCAUCGAUGCCCACAGAAAACAUAGAGCAACCUACAACAUCCAAAAAACAUGUUGGACGUGAAUCUUCAUCAUUUUGGAUUGUCGAUGCAAUAGACCUAGAAGGAGUUAUCAAGAAAAUAAAGGUGAAGGUCAGAGAAGUGAGUAACUUACCUAAUGGGCAACGCAUCAUUGUAGAAUUUGAUGAGGUAGGCAUGGCUAUAGGCGAAGGACAAGGAGUACUUGCGGGAUUUUGUGGGACAUUGGCAACAGAUGAUAAUUUAUUUCCCAUUAAUUUUGAAAGGUGGUCUGGUAAAACAGGCAUGCCUAACACCUACUUUUUAGAAUGCUUUAAGGAAGUGUUACAGACUACUGAAGCUACUGCCCAACGAUAUUGCAAAUUAACUUUGGGUAAGAAGUGGGCUGCACAUAGACAAAGUUUAUGGAAUGAGUUUUAUGAUCCAACAAAAACAAAAGAUCAGAUCAUAUGUAAUGUGCCCACCGGUAUAGACAGAACUCAAUGGGCUCACUUUGUUACAUAUCGUCUAAAACCGGAGACAAUGGAGAUUUGUAAAAAAAAUAGAGAAAAUCGCAAGAAGCAAGUAAUUCCUCAUACUGGUGGCUCUAAGCCUAUCUCAAGAAGAAGACAUGAGAUGCUUUUGGAUAGUGGAGAGCUGCCUAGUCGUGGAAUGUUAUAUAUUGAGACUCAUAAAAGAAAAGAUGGCUCAUUUGUAAAUGAUGAGGCAAAGGCUAUAGCGGAACAAAUUGAAGUGGGUUUGAGUCAAAGCAGUGCAGAUGAAUCACAGAUUUCCCCUCAUGAUGUUGUUGGUAGAGUGUUAGGCCCAGAGCAUUCUGGGAGAGUGCGAUGCAUGGGUUUGGGAGCAGCUCCUACUAACUCAUUCAGAAAUACAAGAAUGCGACUUUCAGAUUUAAGCAUUGGUUCAUCUGGUACUACCACAUCAUCAACAUCUUCUAAUAAGUGGGAACAAAAGUACAUGAAUUUAGAAUCCCAAGUUCAAACCACCUUGGGUGCGUUGAAAGCAUAUAUGAUAAUGAAGGAAGGAAAGAUUCCUGAUGAAUUGGCUACUUUCUUUAAUCCUCAACCUCAACAAGCUCGUGAUGAUACAAAUGAGCCAGAGUCUCCUUUGGGAACAAGACAAUCAUCUGAUGGAAGUAACAUUUAG